UGCAUGAAGGUAACGCUUGCCUCUUUUCCAUGACGCGCCCUGCAUGUUGCUCUUCGGACUUUUGUUCCCGUCGCUCAUUUACGGACGGACACACACACGGCGGACUGCUUGACACUCCCAUUCCGUCCCCACUUCAACAAGGAUGUUCUGGGACCUCAACGUCCCAUAUGAGCCGCAGGCGGUCGCUAACACAGAGCUAAAGAAGACUAUCGCCAUACUGCACGAAUUUGGGUAUGGGGCAGUUGCAUAUAACGUGACCUACUCUGGGAAAGAGGCAACUUCCAAGCCAAAUCCGAUAAAACCUCUGAAACUAAGCGAGAUUGGCAUCAAAUCCGCCCAAACGACGACCGGUCGCUCGUCCCUGCAUCCUUUUAUAUCCGCAAAUGUGGCAGCGUGGACGGAUGGAUUUCAGCAACUGUCUCGACUGACAGUCAUUGCUGAUGAUACGAGCGCGAAUUACCAAUUGACAUCAGCAAACUCCAACGCAGCGUCAUAUGAUCUGAUUGCAGUGCAACCGACAAACGAAAAGCUCUUCCAGUCAGCCUGCAGCCUGUUCGAUGUGGAUAUUGUAUCCCUGGACAUGUCCAACCGCCUGCCAUUUUUCAUCAAAGGACCAACAGUAAAUGGGGCAUUACAGCGUGGGGUGUUUUUCGAAAUCGCUUAUGGGGCUGCUAUUCGAGAUGCAACGGCACGAAGGCAUCUCAUCAGCAAUGCGGCGGCACUGGUCCGAGCGACGAAAGGCAAGAAUAUCCUGAUCACGAGUGAGGCCCAAAAGGCAAUGGAGAUACGAGGACCUUACGAUGUGAUAAAUCUUGCGACCAUUUUUGGAAUGACUCGCGAACAAGCGAAAAAUGCCUUGGACGCAAACUGUCGGGCUGUUGUGUUACAUGCUGCCACCCGACGUCAAACUCACCGCGGCAUACUCAGCAUGGAGUCUGCCGCAUCGUUGAGUGCGGCGAGCACAUGGAAGCUUGGGCAGGGUGAAGAGACCGAAGCUAUGCAGGAGUAGAUGUUAAAACAAUAGGGCGUAGAGCUUGAUAGCUAUACAGUGGUG